AUGGCGGAUCCUCUGAGCAUCGCUGCCUCCGUGAUUGCUGUUACUAUAUCUGCCAUUCAGUCAACGCAGUCGCUCUGCGAAACUGUCAAACGCUUCAAAGAUCGCGAUAGAGCUCUACACGGGCUUCAAAACGAGCUCGAGGAUCUUGCCCUGAUUCUGGGCUCAUUGGCAGAAGUAACCAGUGCUGAGACGUCAAGCUCCGAGUAA